AUGUCACUCGAUGAAUGGCUUAGCGCCUACCCCAGGGCUACUGGAAGCUUUGAAGUGUACGAUAUGCCUCCGCGACAACGGCGACCCUCUUCCUCGCCAAAUUACAAAACCAGCUCUGCUAGCAUGAUGGUCAUGAACCCUGCAGAAGUCUGGCAUCUUGAGCUGCAAAUUGCUACAGGCAAAGUCGUUAUAACGGACGUUGAGAUUCUAAAGGGCACACGACGCUGUGUUCCCGAAGCCUCGAUGUAG